CAUUCCGUCCUUGCCAGCUGUGGGGCCGCCCCCUCUCCCAGCUCACGCUCCCCCCGCCGUGGUUCUUCGGGUGCGGGUGUGGGGGUUUGAGCCAAUAUCUAAGGGGGGGGCCACUUUUGGACCUCAGCCUGGGAAAUCAGAGGACACUGAGCGCUGCCUCCCCGAGACCCUCGACUCUCCAACCCGGGAACCUUCCCUAGAUGCCCACCCUCCAGACCCCUGCAAGCCCAUCGACCUGUUUGAAAUGAUUGAGAAAAUGCAGGGGAGUCGUCUAGAUGAGCAAAGAUGUUCUCUUCCCUCCCCACUCAAGAGGGAAGAGGAGUACAUCCCGUAUCCCAGCAUCCAUGAGGUGCUGCGCAAGGGAGGGCCGUACCCCCUUAUUAUUCUGCCCCAAUUUGGUGGGUACUGGAUUGAGGGGACCUGCCACCACCUGGUCAGCCCCUCCACAGACCCCACCGUGGAACAUCCGGAUCUGCCAUCCUCCCCCUGGGGAGGGCCCGGCCCCGGCCCGAGCCCCCGGGUGAAGCUCGAGUGUGAUCCCACGGCCAGACUCUACCGGAGACACUUCCUGGGCAAGGAGCACCAGAACUUCUACGCGAGUGACGUGGCGUUGGGCUGCCUGGUGCUGUCAGUGAGAUAUGAACCCGCCGGGGAGCAGGACGCCCUGAGGCUGCUGCUGAGGACUCGGUUGGGCACCAGACAGGACGUGAUCCCCAUCUCCUGCCUCAGCGAGUUCCCCAAUGCUGUACAGAUGGCCAAGCUGCUGUGUGAGGAUGUGAAUGUAGACCGGUUCUUUCCUGUUCUCUAUCCCAAGGCCUCUCAGCUCAUUGUGGCCUUUGAUGAACACAUCAUCAGCAACAACUUCAAAUUUGGAGUGAUUUACCAGAGAGCUGGACAGACUACAGAGGAGGAGGUGUUCAGUAACUUGGAGGAGAGCCUGGCGUUCCGAGAAUUCCUGGAGCUGCUGGGGGAGCGGAUACAACUGCAGGAUUUCCAUGGGUUCCGCGGGGGGCUGGACGUGCGCCAGGGGCAGACGGGCACCGAGUCCGUGUACACGAGGUUCCGGGGGAAGGAGAUCAUGUUCCACGUCUCCACCCUCCUGCCCUUCACCCUGGGUGAUGCCCAGCAGCUGCAGCGGAAGCGGCACAUUGGGAACGACAUUGUGGCACUGGUGUUCCAGGAGGAGGACACUCCCUUUGUGCCCGACAUGAUCGCCUCCAACUUCCUGCACGCCUACAUUGUGGUGCAGCCCGUGGUCCCCCCGGCAUCCCCGCAGGAUCACCCCCAGGAUGACACCCUCUACAAGGUGUCGGUCACAGCGCGAGAUGACGUCCCCUUCUUUGGGCCCCCGUUGCCCAGCCCAGCUGUGUUCAGGAAGGGUCCGGAGUUCCGAGACUUCCUCCUGGCGAAGCUCAUCAACGCAGAGCACAGCAGCUACCAAGCUGACAAGUUCGCCAAACUGGAGGAGCGGACACGGGGGACACUACUGGAGAGCCUCUUUGAGGAGCUGCAGAGCCGCAGCUGCACCAUGAUGGGGCUGGACUCCGGGGGCGGCGAGGACGAGCGGACGGACUACGGCAGUGGCGGUGGUGGCGGCUUCUUCGAGAACUUCAAGCGAGUAAUCCGUGGCCGCAGCCAGAGCCUGGACACCGUGGGCCUGUCUGGGAAGAAGCAGCCGCCCACGCCGGCUCCCCCAUCCCCCGGCCUCGCCCUGGCCCCGGGGGUCGCCGAGACCCCCAAGGCCAUCGCCGCGUCCUUUGCCCUCCCCGGCCGAAGCCCAUCUCGACCCCGCACGCCUCGUUUCCCUGGUCGCCGUUGCAGUGCCAUCGGCAUUGAGAACAUCGAGGAAGAGAAGAGGGAGGCUGUAGAGACCACUCAGAAAGUCUCAGAGGGUCUGGGCCCCUCCUUCGAUCUCAAGUCAGACGGCUCCUCCAGCCCCAGCUCCCCUGAGCUCCCCCAGAGGAAGGGCAGGGCUCUCGGCGGCCCCGGAGGCGGCAGCGGAUACUGUCCGAUGCCCCCGCUGUCUCGAUCCUCCUCCAAUGGGAGCAGCUGCUGCAGUGGCCUGAGGGACCCCGACAGCUCUGAGGAGGAAGACGAGGCUGAGCCUGUGCUGGCGUUCUCCUUGGACGGCCAUCCCCCGCGGGAUUCCCUGAUUCAGAGCGUGUGGCUGGACGAUGGGGCCUGCACCCCCAGCAGCACCGGCUCCCCAGUCACUCGCCUGCUCCGCUCCAGCAGCUCUGAGGAGAAAGGGAAGGGCAGCAAGCCGGACUCCCAGCGCUACAGUCCGGCCUCCAUUCUGUGCUGUGUGUGACUCGGUCCUCCGGAGGGGUGUGGCAGUGCAUGCUGGGUAAUGCACAGGAUUCUCCUGUGCAGUGAGGAGCGUGGCUGUUCCUCAAGGGACCCCAGCCUCCCUGCUUCCUCCUGCCUUUCCUCCCUCAUCCCGCCCCCUGUAGCUGUCCGUGCAUCUCGUCCGCUGCUUCAGAAGAGGUCCCUCUGGAGCCUGCCCCCCGAGAAGAUUGAGGUCUCUCUGAAUGGAGGGGGUGCCAGGAGCCCAGUGGUCCCCCACCUCCUCCCCAUCGUCGCCUGGCCGGUGCCCCGAAACUCGGCCCGCCAUCGGGACCCUUCCAGGAACCGAGGUAAUCACUGUCUCUGGAAGAGCGUGUCAGCCCGAGUACCUCUCUGCCUUCUAGGUUUCUCCUCAGCGUCGCUCCCGCUCCCCUCGGUGUCUGUGUCUGUCCGUCCGUCUGCCUGUCUUCUGGCCUGGCUCCCUGGCAACCUGGGUCCCUCCCAACUCGGCCUGUAGCUUCUUGUGUCUCUGUAGCGUUUCAGGCUUGGCAAUAAAGAGGCUCUGACCAACGCACCC